AUUAGAGUUCAGGAGGGGAGGCAGCAUUGUAUUAGAGUGCAGGAAAGAGUGGAGGACGGGAAAGAUCUGACAUGGGAAUUUGAGGCAUUUUUAGAUUAUAUUAUGUAGGGGUCUACAGUUAGGCAACUUGGGCUGUGUAAGAAGAUCCGGUGAAAGUGAAACUGUUGCAGGUGACACCCCUUCACUGCUGCUUGAGGAUAUAUACACAUUCUUCAUAACGAUGUAUUUCCUGUUCCUGAACAAUCUGCAGUGUGGACAGAGCUCCUAUUUCUAGAUGGCGGGUAAUGCAAACUUGAAGAACUCCGACCACAUUUAGUAAAAGGCUGCAAUAGAGCACAGUUACAACUAUUACUAGACGACUUACGUCAUAAUGGUGUGCUCAAUCCUGGAGAGGUGGAGUAUAUAAAUGAAAGCCAUUCUGAGCGUGCCAACCAAUGCCGAGAACUGUUUGAUAUGGUGAUAAAGAAAGGAGAUCCAAGCUGCAAUGUACUACUCCGAAUUCUUACAGAAAAGGAUCACGCUCUUAGUCAGAAUUUGGGGAUAACAGCCAAGCUGUCAUUACCAACACAGGAACAAAAUAAAAAUACCGCCCAACCCACCCAACCAGGCAUAGCAAGCUUACAACCAUCAGCACCUGUAGAACCCCCACUAGAAGGACAAGCCAGCCAACAAGAAUGCCAAGUAACCAAAUGCACAGAGACAGAAUUUAAAAAAAUAAUGAGUGAAGAUAAUAUAAUAUAUCCAAUACGUGAGAAGGGUAAACGCAAACGCCUGGCUCUCAUUAUUUGUAAUACAAAGUUUGAUGAUGGUCUUCAAGAGCGUGAAGGGGCAAAUGCUGACAUUGAGGGGAUGAAGCAACUAUUAAAAGAACUUGACUAUAAUGUACACUGCAAAAUGAAUCUGACAGCCGAGAAAAUGCGUACUGCAAUGAAGGAUUUUGCUUCUGAUCAUCAUCACGAGGAUUCUGACAGCACCUUCCUGGUUUUUAUGUCUCAUGGAGAAAGAGACAUCAUUUGUGGGACUGACUUUAAAAAAGAAAAAGUAGAAGGCCAGGAAAGAGUAACUGGCGGCCUCCAUGUUGAUUUUAUCUUCAAUACAUUCAAUAGUGUAAAUUGCUCAAGGUUACGGGAUAAGCCAAAAAUCAUCAUUAUCCAAGCUUGUCGUGGAAAUGAGGACGGUCGAGUAUGGGUCUGUGAUGGUGCUCAGCAACCCCCAAACAUUACAGAAGAAGACAGAAAACAGAUCACAGAAAACAUUAAAGAUGAAGACUUAGAAAAUGAUGCUAUGUAUAAGAGUCUGAAGGAGAAGGAUUUCAUUUGCUUCUAUUCGACAACACCAGAUACUCUUUCCUAUAGACAUAUAUCAAGUGGCUCCUUGUUUAUUCAAAGACUGAUUAAAGUCCUGAAAGAAGAUGCUCACAAUUCAUCUAUAGAGGAUAUGUUCCAGAAAGUUCAACGCUCAUUCGAGAAUGACCGGCAAAUGCCAACGAAGGACAGGACAAGCCUUGUAAAGAAAUUUUUCCUGUGCCCCGGGUAUUAAUUAAUCCCAGCACAAAUUUUUAUAUUUCUCAUAAAAAAUGUUUUUACCUUCAGUCUGCAUUUGUUUCUAAAUGUUGUUUCAUUGUCUGGUGAUUUCUUAUAAUUACUCAUCAUUUAUUUUUUUUUUUACGUCCCCAAUUGUAAAUUGCCUUAUCAGUUAAAGGGGUACUCUGACCCUAGACAUCUUAUCCCCUAUCCAAAGGAUAGGGGAUAAGAUGUCUGAUCGCGGGGGUCCCGCUGCUGGGGACCCCCACGAUCUCCCUGCUGCACCCAGCAUUCGUUUAAAGCAUCAACGCAGCGCCGGAGGCUCGUGAUGUCACGGCCACACGGCCACAACCCCUCAAUGCAACCCCCAUAGACGUCACGAGCAGGGCGUGAUCAUGGUGUCACGAGCCUCCGCCCCGCAUCGCCAGUCAUCCGACAUGGAGCGAAGUUUGCUCUGUGCACUGGAUGUCUGGGAUGCCACAGCCAAGAUGGCAGGACCCCCGGGAUCAGACAUCUUAUCCUCUAUCCUUUACACCUUUACUCAUUAACCUGUUAUGACCUUAAUGACCAAAGCUUUUUUUUUUUAUGUGUCUCUUUAUGUGGUAAUAACUUUGGAACGCUUUUACUUAUCAACGCAAUUCCGAGAAUGUUUUUCAUGUCAUAUUGUACUUCAUUUAAGUGUAAAAAAAAAGUAGUACAUUUGAAUAAAUUGGCAAAAAAUAACAA